CCCUCUGAAAGCACCAACCAUCUUUUCCCAACGACGGCCACAAUCUCUAUUCCUAGUCCGAAAAUUCCUUUUUUCCUCCCUCUCAUUAGCAUUUCCCUCUCUUUCUAUUUCUCAUUUUCUUCUCUUGCCAGCCAACAAUGGCCGGCAAAAAGAAAAUCUCCUUAAUCGCCGGCUCCUUCCUCCUCGUCGCUGCCGCGGUCGCCUGUGUUGUUGCCGUCGUCGUCAGCACCAAAUCAUCAUCCACCACCCCCUCCUCAUCCCCUGCUCAACCGAACACCGCCUCCACGUCCGCCUCGGUCAAAGCCAUCAAAUCGAUCUGCCAACCGACCAGCUUCCGCGAGACGUGCGAGGACGCCCUCACCAAGGCCGUAGGCAACAACACGGACAUCAAGUCCCUCAUCAAAACAUCCUUAGAUGUCACCAUCACCCACAUCCGGGACGCCGCCAACAGGUCCUCUGUCCUCCAUGCCGCCGCCGAGGACCCCACCACCUAUUUGCCCCUCCAGACCUGCAUGACCGUCUUCGACUACGCCGUCCAGGACCUCAAGGACGCCGUCGACCACGUCCUGAGCUACCAGCUCAACGAUCUCGACAGGGCCGUGUACGACCUCAAGAACUGGCUCAGCAGCGCCAGCACGUACCAAGAGACCUGCGUGGACGAGUUCAACAACCAGACGUUGCAUAUGAAGCCUACGGUGACGGUGGCUCAAGACGGGAGCGGGCAGUUUAAGAGCAUUAACGAGGGACUUGCGGCGUUGCCGAGGAAUAAUAAGGAUUAUGUUGUGUUGUACGUGAAGGAAGGGGUUUAUAAGGAGCAGGUGAGUGUGGAGUCGGAUUUGAACAUGUUGGUUAUGGUUGGGGAAGGGCCGACUAAGACUAGGGUUAGUGGGAAUUUGAAUGUGGCUAAAGGAGGUGGGCUUGGCACUUGGGAAUCCGCAACCUUCGCGGUUAUGGCUCCCGACUUCAUGGCUCGGGACAUAGGCUUCGAGAAUACGGGCUGGUCGCCGAAGGCCACCAAGCCGUCGCAUUCCGGUGCCAAGGUGACCAAGCCAUCCUCUUCAACUGCCACUUCGACGGCUACCCAAGACACCCUCUACGCUUCAGCAAACGCCAAUUCUACCCGCGACUGCACCAUCACGAGGUACCGUCGACUUCAUCUUUGCAACGCCUUCGCCCUCUUCCAGAACUGCAACAUCAUCGCCCGCAAACCCGCUACCCAACCAACAGAACAUCCUCACCGCCCACGGCAGCAAGUGGGAGAACGAGAGCACCGUCUACGUCAUCGCACAAGCUGCUCCGUCUUCGCCGAGCCUGCCCUCGUCCCUUUCAUCGCCCAAAAUCCUAGUUUCCUCGGCCGACCGUGGAAAGAGCGAGCGAGGACUAUUUAUAUGCAAUCGUAUAUCGGCGACCUUAUUCAUACGGACGGUUGGAUGCCGUGGGAGAACGAGCCAAAAUCGAUAAAUACUUGCUUGUAUUCGGAGAUCGAUAAUUAUGGGCCGGGAGCGAAGAAGGAAGGAAGAGUGAAGUGGCCUGGGAUUAAGGAUAUUAACAUUAAGCACGCCGAUAUGUACACCUUGGAUGUUUUGUAUCAAGGAGCCGAAUGGGUGAAGAAAUCGGGAGCGGCGUUUUCCCCCGGGAUGUUGCCGCCCUCGUCGCCGAACCAGCCAGCACCUCCGGCUCCCAUGGUUACGCAGAUGCAGGUGGAUCCGAUAAUUACGGGCCCGAUACCGCCGAAGAGAAGAAAGUAAUUGACAAGGAAGAUUGAAUAUUAUGUACCUGGUUGUUAUAUAUAUGUGUGUAGUGUAUAUUCUUUUUCGGGCGAA